AUGAGUAGGUUUGCCGCCGCCGUCACUCUUGGAGGUUGCCGCCGUUGUCGCUCAUGGAGGUUGCCGCUGUGCUUGGAGGUGCAUUAUCUUCAGAAGGAAGUAAAGAUGGAUGGGAAUGGUAUGAGGAUACCAAAUGUGGUUGCCUUGGAUAUAGGGGCAUCUUUCCUUCCCAGACGACAUUCCUCAUCUUCAGAGGAACCAGAAGCGGAAUCACUAGGCUGGGGUGGUGGCAUUGAUCAUGCAGGUGCAUCAUCUUCAGAAGGAAGUAAAGAUGGAUGGGAAGGGUAUCAGGAUCCCCGAUGUGGUUGCCUUGGAUAUAGGGGCAUCUUUCCUUCCCAGGCGACACGACAAGAACUUGUGGCUCGAACACAUAAUGUUGGGGUUAUUCGAAAGCGGUUGCUUCCUUUAGAGUUUCUAGAUGACAAUGGAAAGGAGGUAGAAGGUAAAGUUGUUCCAAAAUUACAAGUGAUUGCUGAAUCGUCUGGGAAAAAAGUGGGUACCAUCACUGCAGCAUUGGGGAGCCGUGGCCUUGGUCUUCUACGCUUGGAUGCAGCUUUCAAAGAGCAAGACUCUUUGUCCAUACAAGGUCAGGAAAAUGUCAAGGUUAAGGCCCGUAAACUAGAUUGGUGGCCGUCUUGGUGGCUUGCGGAGGAUCAACAGAGCGCAGCAACUUAG